UAAUAUUAUUAAAACACAACUGUCCAAAUGUGUUAUGAAAAAAUACAUGUAUGUACAGAUAGUAAGCUGGAAAAGGGUUAAUGUAGUUCGGUCAUUACUGAUCAUUUCAGUCUGCAUGUCGUUUUACUGUUUUGGUCCAUCUGUGGAAGACACUUCAAACAAUUAGAGAAUUUUUUUUUGACAUUUCCUCUCUUUGUAAAUAGCACAGAGCCAAUGGGAAAAAGGUAAAUGUGAAUUUUUUUGCAGGGUGGUGAGCGCUUUAGUGCUGAUGGCAGCGAGCGCCCUCGCACAGAGUGACUUCAUCGUCAACGGCAAUGACUGCCUUGUGGUGAAGAGGUCACCAGCUGCCGAGAUCAGGCCCUGCCUCUGCCCUCCCAGCAAUGAGAAGCUGGUCGACCUAGGCCGAGGCCACUACCCUCGCUACCUUGUUACGCUUGUCUGCGAGCCUAACCGCUGCCACAAAUCUGCAUACGUCUGUUCGAGUCUGCCCUAUAAGACAAGGGUGCUAAAGCGGAGGGAAGAGGAUGACGACUCUCGGCCCGAUGCCUCCCUGCCACAAUCUCUGAGGGAAGAGUGGAAGUUCGUCCAUGUGCCCGUUGUCGUCGCCUGUGUCUGUUCCCUUUGAAAUUGUACCCCUUUUCUAUAAUUAAACGAUUCCAGAUUGAUU